AUGGGUGGAUCCGCGUUCUCCAACCAAGGAGUUUUAACCCCUCGAAUGAGUCCAGAGGCUUAUCACAGACUCAAGACAAAAUACCACGAUAUCCUAAAAGGUCUCUACGGAUAUGUGGUCACCCCUCCGGAGGCACCCGGGAAGACGUCAUAUGGGGAUCUAGACUAUCUCGUCGCCGAACCGAUCCUUUCGAAGAAAUCGAAACUAACGACCAUGGAGGAUGUGAAAGUUGCAUUUGGAGCGGAGUAUAUGACUGCUAUCGCUGGUGCUACAACAUCUUUCGCGGUACCUUUGGAACUAGAGGAGAAUUCUGGUGAAUUGGAGGAGGGAGAAGAAAGGGAGGAUGGGAAAACAUACGCGCAAAUUGACGUUCAUGUCUGCCCAUCACCCGAGAAUAUGUGGUGGGUCUCAUUCAAACAUGCCUACGGAGAUCUAUGGUCCAUCCUCGGCAUCAUGGCUCGAACGAAAGGGCUAGUAGCGGACGAGAAGUGUCUUAAUCUUCGGAUCAGAGAAAUCGAAGAUCACAACAGAGAGUUAGCGAAGGUCGAAUUGACGAAGAGUGUUAACGAGACACUUGAGUUUUUCGGAUUGGAUGUUGGUAAAUAUGAAAAAAGGUUUGGGAGUGUCAAGGAGGUUUAUGAGUUUCUGACUGAGAGUCGGUUCUUUGAAGAGAGAAGCUUUACAAAGAAGAAGUUUGCAAAUGCCAGCGAUAGAAGUAAAAUUGGGAAGAGAGAUAUGUUGAAAGGUUGGUUUGAUUUUUUGGGGGUAGACGUUAUACUAGUUGGCAAGGUUCUUGAAGGAGGUCAGAAAGAGGCAGAGAAUGAUGAUGUGACAGACGGUGGGAAGGAUGGAGAGGGUGUCCAAGAAGAUCGUGCCGAGUCACCCGAGGAAGGGAUUACCAGAGAGCAGGUACUCGAAGAAGCACUAGAAAGGUUCGGCAAAAGAGAGGGAUACGAAAAGAAGGUCAAUUCUUGGAGAAGAAACCUCAGGGUUGAAAUGGUAGCAAGAGGGGUCGCAAAAAAGCUCAUCGACGGAGGACAUAACGGUCCGAGAUCUGCAAGGGCUAAAUCUUCAAAACUGAGGAAACAGAUUAAUGAGGGUGAGAUGGAUGAGAUCUUUGAUAUGACUGAGGAGCAAGUUCAGAUGUUCAUUCAAGAUCGUGUGAAUGAAAUCAUCGAAAGCAAUGCGAAUAAUACGGUUUCAAAUACGUAUACGGGUAGUGAGGUUGCGGCUGUAUCUGGAAGUGGUUAA